CUGGAAAUGACGCUUGCGCAGACUGCGGCGCCCCCGGUAAGAAGAUAAAACCUCUGAAUUAGUUGUAAAAAUGUUCCGGACAGGGAAGUCAAACUGCGUCGCAUGUCUUGAAUUGCUGAGAUUUGACAACACGGUUGAGAUCCUGAUUGGGGCUCCUGCUCCUUGGGGGUGUUCAUCUGCCUGGCCUGCUCCGGGAUCCACCGCAACCUCCCCGACGUCAGCAAGGUCAAGUCCCUGAGCCUGUCGCACUGGGAGGACCACGAGGUGCAGUUCAUGUCUGAGAACGGCAACGAGCUGAUGAAGAUUAAAUAUGAGGCUGCUGUUCCGUUCUACUACUACAAACCAACCUACAAAGACUGCCAGACUUUGAAGGAGCAGUGGAUUAGAGCAAAGUACGAGAGGAAGGAGUUCUCUGAGCCUUGGAAGAACUUUACAUAUGAGGAAGGAAUUAAAGAUGGCUUGUUGAUGAAGAUGGGGCGGGACAACGGGCAGUUCCUCAGCAGGCGAUUCGUCCUCUCGGAGAGGGAGGGGACCCUGAAGUAUUUCACCAAAUAUGACGCUAAGGAGCCCAAAGCAGUAAUCAAAGUGGACACCAUCAACGCAACCUUCCAGCCUAAGAAGAUAGGAAACCCCAACGGCCUGCAGAUCACCUACCUCAAAGACUACAGCACCCGCAACAUCUUUGUCUACCAUGACAACUGCAAGGAGAUCGUAGACUGGUUUAAUACGAUCCGUGCAGUUCAGCUUCACUAUUUAAAGGUGGCCUUCCCUGGCUCUACUGAUGCUGAGCUGGUGCACAAACUUACUCGGAACUUUCUGAAGGAAGGACAGAUGGAAAAGACCGGCCCCAAGCACACAGAAGGCUUCAAGAAACGCUGGUUCACUCUCGACCAGAGGCGCCUCAUGUACUUCAAAGAUCCUCUGGACGCCUUUGCGAAAGGUGAAGUGUUCUUGGGAAACAAGAGCCACGGUUACAGCGCCUCCCCUGGCUUGCCUGCUGGCACCCACUGCAACGGCGCCUGGCAACACGGUAUCACCAUAGUAACACCUGAGCGCGGCUUCCUGUUUACCUGCGAGUCCGAGGCCGACCAGCAGGAUUGGCUGAAACACUUCAAUAAUGUCAUGAAUGCUGUGAUGUCCCCUCAGGAGUAUACAAUGGAAGCGUUGUUCAAGCACAAACAUUGAUGGACCAGAGGCCCGUGGGACCGUCUCCUCGCACCCAUCACCGAUCUGACACAGGACACGCAUCACUUCUGCCUCUGAGCAUGUAUCACUAUAUGUCCCAAUGCUGCUCUUUGGGGUUAGAAUACAAACAAGAGGACCAAGGCAAUAUUCUUUGGUAAAUUAAAAACAUUAUCUGACAAAAGAAAUAGUAAUACUGAACCGAAAAAGUUGGUUCCGAUCAGAUACCAAGUAAUUCAGGGCCAGAAUGUUAAUUUCCAGGCAAAUUUAAAGGCAAAUAUCAAAUACAAUAUUAUUUUAUUAUUGUAAAUGGAAUGUGCAAACAUGAGAAAACGUUUUUCUUUUUGAAUAAACAAAAUGCAAACGUUUAUUUGUCGAGAACAAUGAAUAUUUCAAACUUCUUUUAGUGCAAAUAACUAAACAAAAGCACAAACUGCCCCUGACCAUCGUUCACAGCUGGGACACGAUGCUCCUCUUUCGUUCAGCCAUCAUGUGCUGGUAGGAGUAACUGGUCAGGGUGUGCGCUGCGGCAAAGAGAGGAGUCAGGCACUAUUUUCUUGCCCAUUCUUACUAAUUCUAGGAAUGUAAAACUAUUUCUGUGCCAGUGGAUUUAUUUUUAAUAUAGUAAAAUAUUGUCUUUGGAUUUUCUAGGUUUAUUAAAUAUUCAAAGUAAGAUUAAAGAAAAGGGCAUUGAAGGUGAGAAGUGCCUUGGUCCUCUUGUAUUAAGUGUUGUGAUUAUUGGGUAAUACUAAUAAGAUACAGGGAGGGAAAGUUUCAUCUGUGGAGGAUUCACACUUCCUUUUGAUAAAAUCCUUUUUAUAAAAAUACAAUUGUAGUCGUUGGUUGUUUUAUGUAAACGUUGUAACUACUGUCAUGACUUUGAGCAUUUAUAUUCAGCAAAAGUAUUGCAGUCCAGUUGAUGGGCUGCUUAUUGUGCUGGUUCAGUAUCUUUGGACACACUACCUGUACAGUUUGCAUCACGAAUUAAACAUUUAUGAUUGUGUAUUUUAUUUUAAGUCUACUGUUGAUUUUGAGACAUGCGAGUGUGUCUGUUUGUAAAGGCAGUGUGAGCCAUUACAUGGUGUCACAGCGCCUCCCUGUGGCAGACGGUUCAUAUAAGUCUUUGUUCAAACAAUCAACAAUUCCAGUUAAAGGUUCUUUCUUUCUUCUUUUUUUAAAUUGAUAUGUUUUAUUGUCAUUUUAUGUUUUCCUUUCCUGUUCUUUGGUUAAAGAGGUACUCUCAUUACGUAUUGACUUGGUGUCUUUUUUUUCUUCUUUAAAGGCAUUUCUAUGCUUGAGCAUGGCUGACUGACAUACCACUUCUAAAUAUGGAUGAUCUCAAAUAAAAAAUA